AUGGCUCCAAUGGCUGGAAUGGCUCCAAUGGCUGGCAUGGCUCCAAUCGGCUUAGGAGAGGCUUAUGUACGACUCCUGCUAUCACAUGGAGCCGAUGUGGAAGCUAGGAACGAUCGACAACAGAGCAUUCUGGACCUGACUGUUGACGCAUUGGACAGCAGUGUUGACGCUCUAGUCGAAUACGGCGUCAAUUUAGAAGCUAGAGACGCAAAUGGUCAAACUGCGUUUUUGAAAGUCGUCGGAAAAAGACGUGACACUCGAGCUGGAGUGGAGAUGCUCAUUGGACUUGGGGUUGACGUCCACGCAAAAGACAAUAGGGAACAAACUGUUCUCCAUCUUUAUCUUCGCCCGCAUGGAUAUUAUCGUCGCUCGCAUAAAUAUUAUCGUGGCUCGAGUGAUGGAACACUACGGCGUUUGCUAGAGCUUGGAGUGGAUGUAAACGCUAGAGAUCAGAGUGGAAAAACAGCCUUGGUGCUUGCUGUGGAAAACACCGAUAACCCACAAUUCAAGUUGCUGCUUGAGUUCGGGGCCGUCUUCGGAGCAGAGAGGAAACCAUCAUCAACUAAGGCUGCCGCUCAUAGGAACAUAGAGUUGGUGAAUUCACUGCUUCGCAUGGGGCAAGAUCCAAACCUGUUGAAAAAAGCGAACCGAGUGCCAUAUUUUUAG